AUGGCUGGGGCGCAACCAGCGCCCCCCAACAGCGCGGCUGGCGCAACGGAUGCGAGCUUCAGCGAUCACCCAGGCACGCCCACCAGCACCACCCGCAGCGGCAGCGGCAACCUGGCAGACGUGCAGGAUGCGGAGCCGGUGGCCACCUGCGCCAUCCUGCUGCCCAAGCAAUAUGCGAUGAAGGAGGGGCAGGAGCUGUGGGGCGGCGUGCGGCUGGGCAAGCUGCUGGGCGCAGGCGUACAGGCCAAGGUGUUUGAACUGGCACACAGCGACGGCAGGCCAACAGGCAAGGUGCUGAAGAUCGGCCACACAGACCUGGGCCACAAGAUUCUGAACAGCGAUCUCAUCUGGAUCGGCAUGGAGCGAGAGUGGGAGAUUGGGACGCAGCUGCGCGCCGCGCUGGAGGAGCCCGGCGGCAAGCUUCCCGGCUUCAUGAAGAUGUGCGACUGCCUGGUGCGCAGCGGGGAUGCCGGGGACGGCAUCGACAAAGCGCACUUCUCAGGAAUGAUCAUGGAGAAGCUGAACGGCUGGGAGGUGUACAAGCGCAUCGACGUGCCCGAGUUCCACAACAUCCACUACGUGCGGGAGAUGCUGUUCCAGGUGUUCUCGGCGCUGGACCGCGCGCAGCGCAAGCUGGGCUUCCACCACGCCGACCUGGGCAUGCGCAACGUCAUGGAGCAUUACCCGCGGCUAUGGGAGGAGGUGAGGGCGUCGCAGGCCGCGCAGAACCGGGCUGCGGCGGCGGGAGUGGCGGCAGGCGGCGGUUCCUCUUCGCGCCGCGCUGGCCCUGCGGCGGAGGGCUACGAGGCCUCGACCGGGGCUCUGCCUGAGGAGGCGGCACGGCAGGCCGGCGGCAGGCCUGCCGCAAUGGUGGUGCAGGCUGGUGGGGCUGGCGGCAAGCCUCUGGGCCCAGGCGACCGCUGCUUUGUGUGCGAGCAGAGGCAGGGGGCGGGUGAGCAGCAGGUGGAGGAGGGGGCAGCGGGAGGUGAGGAGGAGGACCAGCGGCAGCCCUGGUGGCGGCAGAGGACGCAGGGCAGCUGCGGCAUGGUGCGCCCCAAGCCCGGCUUCAGCUGCAACGCCGACGGCAGCCGGCUGCCGCUGGGGCCAAACGUGGAGUUCAAAAUCAUCGACUUUGGGGUGGCGGCCUUUGACCAGCAGCUGGCGCAGGCGGCUGGCGGCUACGAGUCCGAGGAGGUGAUGGCCCGGCUGAACGACAUCUUUGCCGCCAAGCAUAUAACCUUUGGGCCCCACAAGGAGGGGAUCCAGAUGGAGACGAGCGACGCCAAGAAGAGGAGGACCUGGCACCUGCUGCCCACAGGCAUGAAGAACCGGUUUCGGGUGAAACAGACCCCGGCAGGGGCCGCCCCCCUCACCAGCGCCAAGUCGCUGCAGGCACACGGCCUGCCGGCGGCAGCCGCGGAGCAGCUGGCGGCGGUGCCAGAGCCCGGCGCCGGCGGCUCUGCCGCGGACGACAAGCCGCAGCGCUUCCGCUCCGCCACGCUGCUGCGGCGGCCCGGGGAGGGGAUGGCCAAGGCGGCGGAGCUCAUGAGGCAGAGCGGGGGCCCGGGAGGCCAAGUGAACGGCGUCAGCCUGGGGAUGCCAAACCCGCAGCGCGCCGCCUCGCGGCCGCCGCCGCCCAAGCAGAGCCCGAUCGAGAGGAUGCACUUCUGGGAGCGCAAGGGAGACGUGGUGUGGCCCAAGGAGGACGAGCGGGAUGUGCAGCUGUUCAUCACUCUGGUGCACCACGUGACAGGCGUGCGCAUGAAGGCAAGCUUUGCGGCGGAGGGCGAGGGAGGAUCCAGCAGCCUAUUUGGGCGGCUGGCGUGCGGUACGGUGCCGCGGGUGAAGGAGGACCACAGCGUCGGCACCAACCUGAGGGACUACGGGCGGUGGGGCAAAUGGGGCCACUGGUUCCGGAGGAUGCACAUCAGGUGGAGCGCCCACAUGAAACCCUUCAACUCGGGGCUGCUGGCGGCAGAGGCCCUGUGCUCACCGUUCUUCGGCGCAGGGCGGGUGCAGCACGCCAAGCUUCCCGUGUGCGUGGAGCAAGCGUUCCCACGUUCCUGA